AUGCAGGUGUCCAUCGUCUUGCCGUCGUACGACCAGUGGCCCACGGCUCCCGCAUACACUCCGCGCUUCUGCUGCUCCAGCUCGCCGAUCAGCUCCAUCGCACGCACCUUGGGAGCACCAGAAACUGUUCCUGCCGGGAAAAUCGACCGGAACGCAUCGAAACGGGUCUUGUCUCCACGCAGCACUCCGCUCACCUGCGACACAAGGUGCAUCACGUGCGAGAACCGCUCCACCGUGAGCAGACGGUCCACGUUCGUCGAGUCCGGCGCACAGACUCUGUUGACGUCGUUUCUGGCCAAAUCCACCAGCAUCACGUGCUCGGCCCGGUCCUUGAGCGACGACUGGAGCGUGUGUGCAAGCUCGUCGUCCUCCUCUCUGGUCUUACCACGGCGGAUUGUUCCUGCGAUCGGGUGCGUCACAAUGCGGUCUUUCAAGUCACUCUUCACCAGCAGCUCCGGAGAAGCUCCCACGAUCUGGAAGUCCAGGCUCAAAGUAUUUGAUGCAGUCAUACGACACAUAUCCGAUAGCACCCCCGCUAAGCUUAGGGAUACCAGGGAGUUGUGCCUGCUUGGCCGUCGGGCAGUGCUACAUAGCGACAAGCUCUAUUUCCAUCUCUGCACCACCACCGAGUUCACCAGCCCGGCGUCCUUGAUCGACUUGGAAUCCCGCUCGAUUACCUUCAUCGGGAACGCGUGCGCUAGCACCCACUCUCUGUCGGUGUUCGUUUGCGACUUGACAAACUCAAACACGGUGCUUACGUCAUCAGAAGAGUUGAAGUUGUGCACCACACGCGACCCGUCAGCAAGCCUGAUCUGGACCUUGGCGUCGCCUGCGCCUUGGUCUUCGGGCUCCGGAGUAGCCCCUGCUGCAGCCGCUGGUGCCGUCUCUUCAACAACCGGCUCGGGUUUUGGCUCGCCAGGAACCGGAGAUCCAAGUCGUUGA